AUGCAGCAGCAGAAGCAGCAGAAGCAGCAGCAGCAGCAGCAGCAGUGGCAGCGGCAGUGGCAAUGGUACAGGCGAUGCUGUAGAGGAGAUGACUGGUCGGAUUGGUGUCAAGGAAUGGUGGUGGACGAGAAAGGGUGGACAGCGGUAGCAGGGGGUGGGAGCCGUUUUAAUGAAUCUCGAGGAAAAAGACCAUUUAAAAUAUGGGAUGGUUUUAGAAACAUAAGAAAAAGCUUGUUGGCCUCUAGCUUAAAAGACUUAGAAAUACGUGGCAAAGAGAAACUGAAUAUCGCGCCGAAUGAGCCCGUUAGAUUGGUACUCGAAACUGACGGUACACAAAUCGAAGAUCCCGAAUACUUCAAAACACUGCCAAACAACACUACUGUGUUAUUGCUCAGGAAUGACGAGUACUGGUACCCAGCUGAAGUUGACGCCAUUAAGACAGCGAUUGCCGCAAUACCGAAAAUCGUCUGCGAAACGAUCCAUGCACUGGAGUUGCAAGACGAGACGCCUUCGUGGAAAAUAAUGGACAACAAAGGCCGGGUGACCGUUGUGUUGCACUGGGACCAACGCAACCAGACCUACCGCAGUUCUAGUAACACCGGUGGCGGAGGCGGGGGUGGUGGUAUGGACACGUCGCCGUCCAAGAAGACGACGGCACACCAACAGAACGGUGUCGGCGGUCUGCUGAUGGUGAACAACGGUUUGCAGAAGAGGGAACCCAACCAAGUGUUGCAGCAACAGCAAUUGCAGUCCACGCCGACCGUCUAUCGGCACGGUUCUGCACCUCAGAUUACGGUCAUCCACCACGAUGCCAUACCACAGUCCAUGAACGAUGGUUCGAGUCAGCACUACCAGCAGCAGCCACCGCCGCAGGUCCGACGGCUAUCCAAGCAGGGCAGCAGUUCCAUGGACGCGGCGGCAAUCCACGUGCACACAUCCGAGUGCUCGCACUUCAUACCACCGCCGCCGUCGCACCACUCAAUGGCCAACGGCGGCGUCGGCUCUCCACGGGCAGGCAGUCCGGCCCGCGGACCGUCCCUCGUCGACGGGAUGCUUCCGCCGCCGCCACUGCACAGCAUGCCGAUGCAGCACCAGGCCACGGCCGACCAUCACGGGUUCGAGUGCGACUUCCACUGUUGCGCGCUGCAUGAAGAGGGCCGCCGGAUCGCCGUACACAAGUCGGUGGCCACGUCGCCGAUACAGGAGUGCCACCACGCGCCACCGCCGCCGCUGCAGACGCAACAGCAACCGAUUCUGCAGCAACAGACGCAGCCGCUGCAACCGCCGCCGUCCACCGGCCAGCCCGUGUCGUCCUCGCUGUCGGACGGAACGCGCCGCGCGUCGCCCAAGGGCCACGUCCGGUUCCUGGACCCGGCCGGAUCGCCACCGAUGCCGCCUCCGCCGUUGCUGCCGCCGUCGCCUCCCGCGUCACCAGCGCGCCGGCAGCAACCGCCACCGCCACUGCAGUCUCUGCCUCCGCCACUGCAGCUGCAGCACCGGUCCGACAGCUCUGAUUCCGAGACGGAGACCACCGUCAUCGAAGACGACUCGAUGACCAGCGAGAAGUUUCUGUUGCUUAUUGACCAGCUGGUCGACAAACAGGACAGGCACCUGACAGUCAAGGACAUCGGCAUCAUACUGGAACGGCUCAAUUCGAAAAUCGUGGACGUCGAGCGGCUCGACCGUGAUUACGAGGCCACUGACUGCUACAACUGGACCAUCAAGGCGACCAUCAGGGGUGACGUGCUCCAGGAGUACGGCAUCAUAUACAACGGCAACUACUAUGGCAUAUCCGAACACCCGGGAUACCGACAGAACGACGAAGAGCUGCCCAACGAGGACGAUGAGGAAGUGCUAGACGAAGACGAUGAAGGUGACGACGGUGGCGGUGCUGGAGCAUCGGCCGCAGCCAGCGGUGGUGGAGCCACUAGAGAGGUUGAGAUCCGCUUGCACAGACGUCGUGCCGACGAAGAGGUUAACAUUUAA